GCCCGCGAACAUGGCGGCCGCCAGCGAGAGGAGCGCGGUAGUGGCGGCGGCGGCGGCCCGCGCUCUCUGCCUGCUGCUGCUCUGCGGCUGGGCCCUGGCGGAGCACGGCGAGGCGGCCCGCGAGUCUACAAAAGUGGAGGUGCUUCAGAAAAAUAUUUCUGCUAGAAAUGAGAAUGAAACACUUCAAAACGUAAUAGACGACUUGCACAGUAUAACACCAACAAGAAAAGAGGUGUCUCCAACAACAGCUAGAAUCACUUCUGUGACUGCAGUAAAACCAUCUACAGCAAAAGGUGAUUCUUUGCUCAAUGUUCUCUCUCAUGCGGUGACUGUUAGUCCUGUAUCUCAAAUGGAUGUUGAUGCUUCUGAAGACACUAGAAUUGAGGAAGAGGAUCUACUAACAGAUUUGAAAGACACACUAAAUAGUUCUCCACCCAUAAUAAAAGAAACUCUGGAGUCUGAUGGAGAUGACUAUGGUCCUUAUGAAAUGACAUCGAAUUCCAGAUAUAGCCCAGAUCUCCUAGACAUGCCAGAAGAUGAGGAUUCUGACACCAUUGGUAAUUAUAAUGAGGAGGUUCAGUCCCAUGAGGAGAAGAUAAAAGAUGCUACUGUCACAGAUUUGGAAGAAGACAGCCAUUUUUUUUUUCAUCUGGUUAUAGUUGCCUUCUUAGUAGCUGUUGUUUAUAUCACCUAUCACAACAAGAGGAAGAUCUUCUUAUUGGUCCAGAGCCGAAGAUGGCGGGAUGGCCUGUGCUCUAGAACAGUGGAAUAUCAUCGUUUAGAUCAAAAUGUUAAUGAGGCAAUGCCUUCUCUGAAGAUAACCAAUGAUUAUGUAUUUUGAAAGCACUGUGAUUUGAGUCUGCUGAACUUCUCAGUCUUUGCCUGCCUAGUCAUGUAAUGAUAUUCAGGUAUUCUAAAUAUGCCGCUUGUACUGAAAUGAGGGGUACUUUCUCUGACCUGGGUAUUUUUGAGAUUAAAUCUCAUGCAAGAUCAAAGGCAUGAUACAUCUGUUUGCUACUUUGGUUAGGUUUUAAAUCAGCUAUACAGUUACAGGAUUUAAUAAUUAGUGCCCUUUCCAUUCGUUAAGGAUCUUCCCUUCUGUCUGGAGCAGUCUUAGUAGAGGUAAUGCAAAAAAUAAGCAUAAAAUAUCCUAGGCCUAAUAAUUAAGGUUUGGCAUCGCUGAAUCAAAUUAAUGAUCUCUUUGCUAAUUACUUGUAUGGCUCAUAAAUCCUACUGUAUUACAAUUUGAAAAAUAAUUAGUUUUUUUCCAUGCUUAAAUCCUGGUGCUGCAAAACUUUCAUGUUUUUUCUUUUUUUUUCCUUGCCUAGCUUGAUCCUAUCUUAGGAAAAAUAGCUAGCAUGACAACUUCAUAAUUUCUACGUGUGUUCUUGCAGUAAAUCAUUUAAAGUGUUUCAAACAUGAUUAUUUUUAUUUCAGAAGUUAUACACCAUAUAUUUCUGUAGAAUGCUGAAGAAGUAUGAGAAGGUAUUGCAGCUUCUUGACUGUCCGCCUUUUUCUUUAAUUAUAUUUAUGACUAUUUCAUUAUCUUUAAUUACUGAAUGGAAAAUAAGCCUCGUGAUAUAAUUUUAGUAAAAUAUAGAUAGUUGACGGGCUUUUGGUACAUCAAAGCUUUCCCUUGAUUUUUAAGACAGUUGGGACACACAGUUAUAUUGUUUGGUACAUUAUGAAUAGGAGAGGCCUGAGAAUAUAAGAACAAUAUAUUUUGUUGGUAUUCUGACCUAGGUAACAGGCAGAUAAAAGUAAUGAUGUGUGGGGCUGUCAGUCUAUGGAUAGCGCACUUUCAUUUUUGACAAAUAUUUACACAUGACUGUAAAGCAAGUUACUGGUACGUUGUUUUUUUUUUACGUUGUCUUUUGUACUUUCAUUAUUUAUGUUUUCAUGAAUUGUAAAAUGUAAAAUCUCUUUAGUUUUCUAUACAUUCUGUUUCUGAUUUAGUUUUCAAAACUGAUAAAUAUGUAAAUAGUGGUGGAUCAGAACCAUAAUUAAUGACUUGGUAUUCAAGUAAUUAUAUAACACUUUGAAAGAAAUCAGAACUUUAUAGCUGUUGGCAUGAAGAGUUUGAAGGCAUGAUAUCUUAUUGAUGAAGCACUAAAACUUCUAAAUCCUACUGUUAAAUGCUUUCUUUUCAUAACCAUAAGAAAGUAAAGCACAAACAAAAUAUACCAAAA